AUGACGUGGCAAGGUAUCGGGCCGCUGUAUAUGGCGCGCAAACCUCCCUUCACCAUUGAGGCGCCUGGCUAUGAGCGUGUCCCGGGCGAAACCAUUCCGCGCCGUCAUUGGAAGGCCAAGGAUGGUCUCCGUACCCAACCUCAUCCCGACAUCCAUAUCAUGUACGACAUCGUGAAGCGUAGCGCUCGCAUCUACCCCAAUGAACCGGCUGUCGGUACUCGGAGUCUCGUGAAAUUACACAAGGAGAAGAAAAAGGUCCCUAAGAACGUCGAUGGUGAAGUCAGGGAGGUUGAGAGGGAGUGGCAGUACUUUGAGCUGUCCAAAUACUCUUUCAUGACCUACGCCGAGUUCCACACCUAUAUCCUGCAGCUUGCCUCAGGUCUGCGAAAGCUUGGUUUGGGCAAAGGCAGCAAGCUCCACCUUUUUGCUACUACUUCCGCGAACUGGAUGGCCCUUGCCCACGCAUGCGGCUCGCAGUCUAUGUCCAUUGUUACCGCCUAUGACACUCUCGGCGCCAGCGGUGUUGAGCACUCCCUGAUUCAGUCUGAAGCCGAUGCCAUGUACCUCGACCCUCACUUGCUCAAGACCGCGAGUGAACCUCUGAAGAAAGCCCACAACGUUAAAUUCGUCAUUUACAAUGAUAACUGCAUUUUCACCGAGGGCUCAGAGCUUGAUACGUUCAGGAAGACGAACCCAGAUGUCAAGCUCGUCAGUGUUGAGGAGGUGCGCCAGCUGGGCGAGGACAACCCCGUUGAUCCCGUAGAGGCAAAGCCCGAAGAUCUCUACUGUAUCAUGUACACAUCUGGUUCGACCGGUACGCCUAAAGGUGUCCCAAUGUCCCACGCCAGCAUGGUUGCUGCGAUUACGGGUCUUUUCCAUGGCGUCGAGGAUGCUGUUACCAGCAGUGAGUACGUGCUGGCAUAUCUGCCUCUGGCUCACAUCUUCGAGCUCGUUGUGGAGAACGUAGCCCUCUUCAUUGGUGCCACCCUCGGCUACGGAAACCCAAGAACCUUGUCCGACAACUCAAUGAAGAACUGUGCUGGCGACAUGCGCGAGUUCGGCCCCAGUGUCCUUGUCGGUGUGCCCCAGGUUUAUGAGACGGUCAGGAAGGGCAUCAUUGCCAAGGUUAACAGCUCUGGCCCUCUCAUCAAAAACCUGUUUUGGGCCGUCUUCAACUACAAGAGCUUUAUGGUCAAGCAUGGCCUGCCUGGUGCUGGUAGCGUUUUUGAUUCCAUCGUCUUCGGGAAGGUGCGCGAGCUCACAGGCGGUCGUCUUCGCUUUAUCCUGAACGGUGCGAGCGGCAUUGCAGACGGAACCAAGCACUUCCUUUCCAUGACUGUCGCACCUAUGCUGACGGGCUAUGGUCUGACCGAGACAGCCGCCAACGGCGCCCUCGGCGAUCCUCUCGCAUAUACUCCCAACGCCAUUGGCCCCCCGCCUCCGGCCGUCGAGGUUAAGCUUGUCUCCAUCCCAGAUCUGAACUACUCCACCGACUCGAACCCCCCUCAGGGUGAGAUCUACAUCAAGGGCCCCGCGGUGCUUAAGGAGUACUACAAGAACCCCGAGGAGACUGAGAAGGCCAUCACUAAGGAUGGCUGGUUCAAGACGGGAGAUAUUGGCGAGUUCAACUCUGAUGGUGCCCUCAACGUCAUUGACCGCGUCAAGAACCUCGUUAAGAUGCAGGGUGGCGAGUACAUUGCCCUGGAGAAGCUUGAGUCCGUCUACCGCGGCAGCCAGUUCGUGCAGAACAUCAUGAUCUAUGGUGACGGCGAGCACUCGCGUGCCAUUGCCGUCAUCGCCCCUAACGAGAAGGUUCUUACGGAGGAGGCGCAGAAGCUGGGCGUUGAUCAGCACGACAUGCACACGAACAGGAAGGUCGUUGAUGCCGUCCUCAAGGAUCUCGUUAGCGCUGGCCGCAAAGCCGGCUUGUCCGGCCUUGAGAUCAUUGCCGGCGUUGUCCUUGUCGAGGAGGAAUGGACUCCUGAUAGUGGCCUCGUCACUGCUACUCAGAAGCUCAACAGAAGAGUGAUUAAGGACAAGUACAAGCAGCGCAUGGAGGCUGCGUUCCCCAAGAACUAA